AUGUAUCGAAACACUGUUUCAGGCUUAUCAUUCAGGGAGUUUGCAGAUUCUGUACAGUCAGUGCAUGAAACUCAGGUUAAGAACCUGGGAUGCAGUUUUAUCUUUUUCCUUAAAAAUAAAGGUUCUCUUCAGUUUGAGGACAAAUGGGAUUUCAUGCGCCCGAUUGUUUUGAAGCUUUUACGCCAGGAAUCUGUUACAAAACAGCAGUGGUUUGAUCUGUUUUCGGAUGUGCAUGCAGUCUGUCUCUGGGAUGAUAAAGGCCCAGCAAAAAUUCAUCAGGCUUUAAAAGAAGAUAUUCUUGAAUUUAUUAAGCAAGCACAGGCACGAGUACUGAGCCAUCAAGAUGAUACAGCUUUGCUAAAAGCAUAUAUUGUUGAAUGGCGAAAAUUCUUCACACAAUGUGAUAUUUUACCAAAACCUUUUUGUCAACUAGAGAUUACUUUAACCGGUAAACAAGGCACCAAUAAAAAAUCAAAUAUGGAAGACAGUAUUGUUAGAAAGCUCAUGCUUGACACAUGGAAUGAGUCAAUCUUUUCAAAUAUAAAAAACAGACUCCAAGAUAGUGCAAUGAAGCUAGUACAUGCUGAACGAUUAGGAGAAGCUUUUGAUUCUCAGCUGGUCAUUGGAGUGAGAGAAUCCUAUGUUAACCUUUGUUCCAAUCCUGAGGAUAAGCUUCAAAUUUAUAGGGACAAUUUUGAGAAGGCAUACUUGGAUUCAACAGAGAGAUUUUAUAGAACACAGGCACCCUCAUAUUUACAACAAAAUGGUGUACAGAAUUAUAUGAAAUAUGCAGAUGCUAAAUUAAAAGAAGAAGAAAAACGAGCACUGCGUUAUUUAGAAACAAGGCGAGAAUGUAACUCUGUUGAAGCACUCAUGGAAUGCUGUGUAAAUGCCCUGGUGACAUCAUUUAAAGAGACUAUUUUAGCAGAGUGUCAAGGCAUGAUCAAACGAAAUGAAACUGAAAAAUUACAUUUAAUGUUUUCACUGAUGGACAAAGUUCCUAAUGGGAUAGAGCCAAUGUUGAAAGACUUGGAGGAACAUAUCAUUAGUGCUGGCCUGGCAGACAUGGUGGCAGCUGCUGAAACCAUUACUACUGACUCUGAAAAAUAUGUUGAACAAUUACUUACACUAUUUAAUAGAUUUAGUAAACUCGUCAAAGAAGCUUUUCAAGAUGAUCCACGAUUUCUUACUGCAAGAGAUAAGGCAUAUAAAGCAGUUGUUAAUGAUGCUACCAUAUUUAAACUUGAAUUACCUUUGAAGCAGAAGGGGGUGGGAUUAAAAACUCAGCCUGAAUCAAAAUGCCCUGAGCUGCUUGCCAAUUACUGUGACAUGUUGCUGAGAAAAACACCAUUAAGCAAAAAACUAACCUCUGAAGAGAUUGAAGCAAAGCUGAAAGAAGUGCUCUUGGUACUUAAAUAUGUACAGAACAAAGAUGUCUUUAUGAGGUAUCACAAAGCCCAUUUGACACGACGACUCAUAUUAGACAUCUCUGCUGAUAGUGAAAUUGAAGAAAACAUGGUAGAGUGGCUAAGAGAAGUUGGUAUGCCAGCAGAUUAUGUAAACAAGCUUGCUAGAAUGUUUCAGGACAUAAAAGUAUCUGAAGAUUUGAACCAGGCCUUUAAGGAAAUGCAUAAAAAUAAUAAAUUGGCUUUACCAGCCGAUUCAGUUAAUAUAAAAAUUCUGAAUGCUGGUGCCUGGUCAAGAAGUUCUGAGAAAGUCUUUGUCUCACUUCCUACCGAACUGGAGGACUUGAUACCUGAAGUAGAAGAAUUCUACAAAAAAAAUCACAGUGGUAGAAAAUUACAUUGGCAUCAUCUCAUGUCAAAUGGAAUUAUAACAUUUAAGAAUGAAGUAGGUCAGUAUGAUCUGGAGGUAACCACGUUUCAGCUGGCUGUGUUGUUUGCAUGGAACCAAAGACCCAGAGAGAAAAUCAGCUUUGAAAAUCUAAAGCUCGCAACUGAGCUCCCUGAUGCUGAACUUAGAAGGACUUUAUGGUCUUUAGUGGCUUUCCCAAAGCUCAAACGGCAAGUUUUGUUGUAUGAACCUCAAGUCAACUCACCCAAAGACUUCACAGAAGGUACCCUCUUCUCAGUGAAUCAGGAGUUCAGUUUAAUAAAAAACGCAAAAGUUCAGAAAAGAGGUAAAAUCAACUUGAUUGGACGCUUGCAGCUUACUACAGAAAGGAUGAGGGAAGAAGAGAAUGAAGGAAUCGUUCAACUGAGAAUAUUAAGAACCCAGGAAGCUAUCAUACAAAUAAUGAAAAUGAGAAAGAAAAUUAGUAAUGCUCAGCUGCAGACUGAAUUAGUAGAAAUUUUGAAAAACAUGUUCUUGCCACAGAAGAAAAUGAUCAAAGAGCAGAUAGAGUGGCUGAUAGAACACAAGUACAUCCGGAGGGACGAAGCCGACAUCAAUACCUUCAUCUACAUGGCGUGACCGAGAAGGUCGCAGCAGUGUCAGGAGCCCACACUGGGGCGUGCUGGGGCGGAAGGUUGUGACAGUUUGUGCUGGAGAAAGAUUUAUUUGGACUUUGAUUACAUAGAUAUUAAAAUCUCUGCCUUACCUACAAAAACAGCUCUAUUUCACCAAUCACGUUAGGUAGCAUGGUGGCAUUCCCUUCAUGUUGCACACUCUGUAACAGCAUGCUGUUUUGUGGAGAAACUUGCAUUCAUGAAGAGCCCAUUAGGAACUUUUACAAGUCAAUUUGAUUUAUACCCACCAGGAGAAAUACAGCUGGGAAGGGCGAGGGCGGGUUCUUGUUGCUUUUUUCUCUUUUUUCCUCUCUUUAAAAAAAUGUACUUGCACAAGGAAGGAUCUUCAGAUAUUCGUGCACUGAAAAAUGCUGUUAUCUUUGGUUUUUUUAAAAAUGCAAUUAAAACUAGAAAUAGCACUCUUGGUUUCUUUCGAUGAAAAGAGUGAGCUGGUCAGCGCAACGCUGGGAGAGGGCAGAUGCAGGUGAGAAGAUAAUAGUAUCCGAUCAUUUGUUCAAACACUGCUUCAACAUAAUAACUGUGAUAUGGUUUGGAUGUUGUCCCUGCCAAAUCUCUUGCUGAAAUGUGAUUUCUGGUCUUGGAGGCGGGGCCUGGUGGGAGGCACUUGGGUCCCGGGGCAGAUCCCUCAAGACUGGCCUGGCGCGGUGCUCGGGUGCUCGAGGCAGUGAGUGAGUUCCUGCUCCUGCUCUCUGUGUUUACGCGAGAGUUGGUUGCUUAGAAGAGCCUGGCACCUCCUCUGUUUCUCGCUUCCACUCUCUCCAUGUGACACGCUGGCUCUCUUCACCUUCUGCCAUGAUUAUAAGCUUCCUGAGGCCCUCAUCAAAAGCAGAUGCCAGCGCCAUGCAGGAUCGUGAGCCAAAACAGACCUCCGUUCUUUAUAAAAAGUACCCAGCCUCAGGUAUUCCUUCAUAGCAACACAAAAGUAACUAAUACAAACUGGAUAUUAAUGGUGACCUAAAAAUGGUAUUAAAUAUUUCCAACUUACAAAUGUUGGUUUUUUUAAGCAGGAGAUUGCUGCUUUAGUUGUUUUUUUGUUGUUGUUGUUAAAUGAUAAGGAGUUGGGGUUUUGUUGUUUUUUUAUCUUACAUGGCUGGAGAGUUUGGUUUGAAAAAGUGAAGCGUAUAUUAAUUUGUGCUUCAAUUGUUUUAAAAAAAGUAUGGAGAUAGGUCGUUAUGAUCACAGAGUCAAAAUGGCAAAAUAAACACGGUAAGCGUGUUUACUAAAAACCUACUAUUUGUAUACAUAAGAUUUAUGCCAUAUCUAAAUUUAUUCAAAACAGUGCAGAACUUUCCUGCUCUGAUACAAUACAGUUAUGUAACUGAUCUCUUAAUCUGUAGCAUAGAAUUAUUUUGGUAUUUUUAAGUCUCAUGAUAUAAGGAUUUAAUAGCCUCAGGUUUCUGAAAAGAAAGAUAUUCUCCUUUUAAAAAAUAAUAAUAAAGUAUCAGUCACCUAGGAGGAAGAGAAAAUCACAAAAUAAGACCUGAAAAGUAUAAGCAAAAUUGUUGCAAUCUUAAUAUGAACAAUAAACUUGCCAAAUAUAUGUACAUAUAUAUUUAUAUAUUUUAAAAGUAAACAUUUUUAAAGCAUUCAGAAAGCAACACUUACCAUGUUCCUUUCAGUCAAUCCAAAGUAGCAACUUGUGAGUUGCUGGCAACUGAACACCCAGAGUAGUAGAAAUUUUAGGACUUGAGGACUCAACAACUUAAAAGAGAAAAAUGUAUUCCCUAUUGGGAAGAACGGCUCGAUGUGGAUUUUUAUUGAUUGUGAUGCAUGUUCUAAAUUAUCUUGUAAACUAUUUUAUAUCUUGUUUAAUGUUAAGUGAUAUUUUUAAAGUAUGGUUUUGAGGGCUGAAGGGAAUGAAGUGCAGAAAGGCAUAUAGUCUUAUGUUCUGGAGUGCUUUUAAGAGCAUUUCGUGGAAUCUGUCCCCAGGCCCAAGAGCCUUUUGUGAGCUGACAAGAAGGAAAGCAAAUUUAAAAUUUUGCUGAUUAUAGUCAAAUGCCUUUCUGAAACUCAUAGGAAAUUGGAAUUUUGUUUAUAAAGUCUUACACUUCAUCUUUAAGUAGCAUACAUCAAUUAUUAGACCAAUGUGAAGGAUUAAACUAAAAUUAGUUCUCACCGUUUUCUCUAACUAGGUGAUGGCUAACAAUGGAUCAAUUUGAAAUUUAGAAGAAAUAAUUUUGUAGUAAUUGUGGCCCCUGUGUUUAAUCCAUAAUAUGGUAUUGGCAUAUUUGCUUGUCCCAACAGAAGAAUGCCAAAGGAGGAAACAAUGGGAGGAAAAAUUACAGGCCGCUUUUUCAAAAUGUAGGGUUUGUUGUUUUAAACCCCAAUUGUUCUCAGAAAAUUUUUGGAAUUUGUAAUAUUUUUGGUAAUUUAAUUUAAGAAUGAGAGCCAUGAUGUUUUGAUUUAUAAAGGCAAAUUUAAUGCAAAAGUGGGUAACACUGAAUUCAUAGCAAGUUUUCUAUUAAAUUUUAUAAAGUUUUUAAUAGCUAAUUAUGUCCUAAUUGUAUUUUGGGGAUUGAACAGCAGCAAAUACCGUAAACUUACAGUUUUCAUCAUUUUGUUGGUUAUAUACACAAAAAUUUAACUACUUUCUGGCAUUUAUGAAAACCAUUUAGCUGACAAGGUGCCUAUACCGUUGAUGAAUUUUCUUUAAGUAUUUUGACAGUAGAUUUGCUAAUGUAAAAAGAAUUCUUACUAGCAAUUUGCUGAAGGUGCAGAAUGAGUUAGUGCCCUUUAUCAGGUCUCUCUUCUCCAGUGUGCACUUAAAAUCAGUGCUGAGCAGGGUGAAGCCUGACACAGUUGAGCGAAAAGAAAACCCAGCCCCCAAAUAUAUAUAUAAUUUUUUUUUUAAUUGGUAUUACGGCAAAAGGAUGCUUCAGAGGUUACCUUAAGCUUUUACCACUCGUCUUUUAAUUUAAAGAUUCAGACAUCUGGAAAACAUUAACCUUUGUUGCCAUUUCAUUGCCAGAGUAAGUAGACUUGAAACAAACUCUACCAAGCGAAAACCUAGAACAGUUCUAAUGCUUACACUGAGAUAAAUAUUAGAGCAUGACCGCUCCAGUGACUGAAUGAGAAUCUUGAAAUAAAUUCUGAAGUCUUCCAAUUUUUACAUUUAUUGGUGGGGUCCCUUAGUUCUGUCAACUUGUUUAAGUCUCUUGCUCUUAUUUGUGUGCAUAAGUGUUAAAAUUUCCAAAAACGAAAUAUUAGCUUUCUUACUUUUACUUUUUAAUCAAAUUUAAUACAGAGUAUGACCUGAAGAGUUGACAGGUAUUUUGCAUUAUUUGCAGUAGGAUGUCAUUAGCCCUGCUCAAAGGGCAAAUUUUAACCGUCAAUCUGGGUGAAAGAUUUGCUAGUUUUACAGAGAGACUUGCUAUCUUAAACUCAAGCUGGUUUUUCUAUUUUCAUGUAAAUGACUGGGAUGCUGUCUUAUCAAUUCUUCCAAGAUCAUGUUUGUGAAAUAAACAUUACAUGAGAGCUUUCCUGUCAUCUACACUGUAUGUCGUCUGGAGUGUUGAACAAAUUUGAGUUCCCGAGUUGCAACCUAUCCUCAUGGUCUAGAUGAUUCUGAAUGUGUGCCACUACAUACUGAGAUGACGAUGCUGUACAAUUUUCAAUGGUAGCAGUUUCUGUCUGCAGUAGGCGGAACUAUUUUGAUGAACUGCUUAAUUUGGGGAUUUUAUUUUUUAAGUUGUAUAAUUUAUUUUCUUGCAAAAUAAAAAUGUAAUAUAAAAGCU